UCGGCCAGGCGAGAUCGAAACCUUUUCCCUCGUCUUCGUCGGUUGUUAGUAGUGCGACUUUUCUUCUCUCACUGUUCAUACGUUGGAUAUUCGUUCAGAGCGAUUUUUUUUAUUACAUCUACACAUCCACCAUACCUGUACGUCGAUUCUGAAAUUCCAUUAAUGAAAAUCUACCCGUAAUUAUAUACAAAUUUCUAUCGAUAAUUAUCAGCUUCUCGUAUCGUUCGGGUCGAAAUCGGGAGUGCUCUGGUGGGGUCAGAAGCUGCUGCAGCCCGUGUGAAAACCAGUCAAGUCAGUGUAGUCCCCUUCAACAUCCGGGGGUCAGAAGAAGAGUGUUCUUUUUACUUUUCUUGUGUGGUUGGUCGGGGCCAAAUCUAGUGUGGUGCAAAAUCCGAAGGAAAAAUAUGCAAGAGAAAGGAGUUUACCAGCAGCAUCGACGAGUGUGCCGUGGUGAAGGAGAAGGGUGCAUGCUGCGCUGAGCGGGGGUGACAAAAGCAAGGAGAGGGAAGGACAUUCCCGUCAUAGCAGCACGAGCACGGUGCAAAGGAGUAUAGGAAGCCUUGUAAAAUGUAGCCCCGAAUUUUGUAAGAUUGGCUGAUAAAUUAGUGCUCUUUCAUUCCUGAGGCUAUCGCCAGAUAAUGGAUGUGAAAAGGAAGUGAAAGAAGCCAGAAUCUGGUGCUACAACAGGUUUUCCGGGUGGUGUGUACGCGUGUGUGUGGGGGUAAUUGGUGUACGGGGUGAGGAAAGAGUUGUUGGCUCCCAUCGAAGGGUACCUCGGGAAUGCCCCAGCAAAGAAGCAAGAAUAGUAGUGAUACGACGACGAGGUGAAAUCUUGAGAUAUAUAUUGUGCAAUAUUUUGUGGGAAGCAAAAUCCAGAAGAGAAAAUCCAGUGUGUCAAGUGUGAAGAUUGCCUCUACCUCUGCGAUUGGGAUAACGAAAAAAAAAAUAGGAUAACAAAAUGGAUGAGCGAUUGCUGAACGAUCUGCUGGAGUGUUCCGUAUGUUUGGAACGGCUGGAUACGUCCUCCAAGGUGCUACCCUGUCAGCAUACCUUCUGUCGGAAAUGUUUAGAGGAAAUUGUGGCCAGCCAUCAGGAGCUGCGAUGCCCGGAGUGCCGAGUUCUGGUGGAGAUCAAAAUCGACGAGCUUCCGCCAAACGUACUGCUGAUGCGGAUUUUAGAAGGUAUGAAAACAGCUGAGCUGAACAAUCAAAACUCAAACAUAAACAAAGCGGCUCGAACCGGCGUCGGAGGUGGAAGCGGGAACAUCUUCAACCUACAACUGCAGCAGCAACAAAAUCACCCAAGCAUAGCUUAUCAACAUCAAGGUUCAUCGCAACAGCAACAGCAGCAGCAGCAGCAGAAGAACAAUAAAAACGAUCAACUGCAUCACCAGCAGCAGCAGCAGCAGCAGCAGCAGCAAGGUCAGCAUGCAACAACGGGGCGAAUCAUAGGAGGAAAUGGGCUGGAUUUAUCGAAAAUCCCACACGCCAAAGCAUUCUACGACUUCGCCUCCAGUGAAACUAGUGACAUCAGCUUUAAAAAGGGCGACAUCAUCAUCCUGAAGAAGAAAAUCGACCACAAUUGGUGCGUUGGCGAAGUCAACGGGAAGGAAGGAGCCGUUCCGUUGAACCACCUGCAGGUAAUAGUGCCGCUUCCGUAUCCACAGUGCAAAGCGCUGUACGACUUUAGCAUGGGACCGAACGAAGAAGAAGGCUGCCUGACCUUUAAAAAGGGAGCAUUGAUCCACGUGCUACGACGGGUGGACCAGAACUGGGCCGAAGGGCGGAUAGCCGAUAAGAUAGGAAUUUUCCCUAUUUCCUUUGUCGAAAUGAACAGCCUCGCGAAGCACAUGAUGGAUUCAGCGUUGAAACAUCUUCUGGCCAGCGCUUCCAACAACCGAACUGUUCCCCCGACUCCCUUCGAUCUGAAUGCCAGUGAUACGACCAGUUCUAGCGUGACCACCAGUCCCAAUACUUCCACCAGUACGACCAGUUCGAACUCCAGUACUGCGCCAAGUAGCCCUACAUCACACUUCCUAACGAAUUCUGCCGGCUCCGCUGCGGCAGCAGCCGGCAGUCAACCCAAAAGUAAAGAACACCAUAAGGAGAAAAGGCACUCGCUAACCACCUUCGUGGCUAGUUCGAGUGCUGGUAGCAAUACCGUCGGAGGAUCGCUACAUCAACCUAAUCGCCAUUCCGCCGAGAUUCUCAACACUCCUGACGCGGAGAGACAACAACAGCCAUCAACACAUACUCCGACCACGGCGGCGAACUCUUCUUCCGAUCAUCCACCACAGUCCAAUCGAUCCGACAUGCUUAACUAUCAGAAGUCGAACGCCGCCAAGGCUGCUAGUCAACAUUACCAUCCGCAUCCUCAACUACCUGCCACCUACGUAGCUCUCUAUCCGUACAAACCACAGAAACCGGAUGAGCUGGAGCUCAAAAAAGGAUCAAUCUACUACGUCACGGAACGCUGUCAGGAUGGUUGGUUCAAGGGGGCUAGUCGGCAGCAAAAGUCCGGAGUGUUCCCCGGUAACUACGUCACCGUGUUCAAGGGUCGCGAAGGCGGUCACUCCAGUAGGAAUCCAAGCUCCCAGGGACCAUCAGCGGCGGUCACCGCUUCCCCCACAACCGGUAUCCAGAAUCCGUCCAACAACCCAACCCAAAUCACACUGCCUGCCUUACCUCCACGGGACGCUACGAUUACGAACGUUUCUGGUGCCGCUGCCGUUACCGGUCCCGUCUGGACCAAACAGCAACAGCAGCAUCCGAAUCAAUCGGGGAAUUAUAUCGAUUCCCUGUUUGGAAGGAAAUCCGGGGGAGCCUCUUCGGAUAGGAACACUGCUGCCGCGGCUGGAGGCGAACCUUCUCAGGCUGCUGUGCAGCCUAUCAAGGAGAAGAAAGAUUCGUCGGCGGUGAGUUUGAUGAAGCGGUUGACCAACAUCAAACGAUCGAAAUCUCCGACAUCGAAUAACGGAGGAACGACUAAUCCAGCGUACUCCAUGGAUAAUCCGGUGUUCGAAGACAGUCCGGGUUCUGCAGCCGCCAAAUCCAAUCUGCAGCAGAUUAUUAAUCCAGUGCACGUUAGGUCUGGAUCCUGCCCAAGUCAACUUCUUCAAAAUCUCCCAGUAGACGUACUGCUAGCGCAUGGUCGCGACAAUGUUCCUUACAUGUAUGGUUCCCAACGAGUCAAGCCUCAUAAAGAACGACCCUCAAUGCAUGGUCUAAAAAAUGAUGCUCUCGGCAAAAGUUCAUCGAAACAUUCGUCCGCUGCUGCGGGUCCGGUGCAACAACAGCACCAGCAGCAACAGUCUCACGAGGCACCCGCUUCGACGUCGUCGGCGUCACACGGACCGAAACAAUCUCAAGCAUAUCACCGUAAAUCUCAAAGCCUGGACGCUUCAGCCAUCAUAUCCCACAUGAAUGGGACGCCAUCCAAGUCCAAGUCGCACUCGCAGGCGGUCCGUGAAAGGUUCAAAUGCAUCGUCCCGUAUCCACCCAACAGCGAGUACGAGCUGGAACUGCGCAUCGGCGACAUCGUGCUGGUGCACAAAAAGCGUGAUAACGGCUGGUACAAAGGCACCCACCAACGCUCCGGUAAAACCGGCCUGUUCCCGGCGUCCUUCGUCGAACCGGAUAUAUGAUAUCGAAACUAGGAUGUGGUACUCGAAUGAAUCUGUUAGUUUUGUUCUAAUUUUCUUAUUCUAUAAGUGCAACACAGUGGUAUAAUAAAAAAAAAAACGGUAUUACGGACAACAACGUUUGUGUAGCAGUCAGUAUGUGUUUCGGUUUUUAAUUUUUAUUCUCUGUAAAAGUGGUACUAGGAUUAGGAUGAAACUAUCUAGCAAUUCUUAGGUAAGUGAAAGAAAAAUAUGACAGAAACAAAUUAUAGGACAAACAUUUAAUUAGGCCAACAAAAAGUGCAAAUUUGUACCUAAUUUUUAUCUUAUUGGGUCUUUUAAAGUCUGAACCGUAAAGUUAAAUCCAGUUUUAGGAAAGUUAAACUUAAAUCCUGAUGAUAUAAUCAACUACCAGUGUUGUAGGUAAUUGUUAGCAUGACAAAAUGACAAAACUGUGCGCAAUAUUGAAAGAAUACAAAAAAAAACUAACUUCAUUUCUGUAACAAAAGCUGUCUAAUGUUGUUUGUGUCUUGUGCCACUUUCGUAUGUCUGUCUGCAUAAGUUAAUCUAUCAUUCAUUCCGCGUACGCAAACCAGCAUAAAUGAUGUUGUACAAAUUUUCUUAUAAAGUACUAGCCCAUGCAUUUGAUGUUGUGUUUGAAUUAUAUUUAAAAUCAAAAUCUCUAUUACAAAAGUGCAACAACAGAAAAAAAAACCGAUAAACAAUAGUAAAAGGAAAGCAUUUAUUACACUAUACUCUUAUAGCGCAAUCUAAUAAUUAACCGAACGUAAAAGUGUUUCAUGUACGUUACAUUCUAGCAAUAGCGAAAUCUAUUUCGAAAAUGGAGCAAAAAAAAUAUUAACACAAAAAGCAUGUAUUGUCUAACAAAAAAUGCUAACACUGAGCAAUGUCUCCGUGAACUCCACAAAUUCAAAGUAGUAAAAUACAAAACCAAAAUGUGACACGUGCAACAAAAGCAUCCGAAAGAAAGAGAUACAAAAUUAUUGCGCUUCAUUGGACGCAUACAAUGAGAAGAAAUUUGUUUUUAAUUGAGAAAACUUUAGCGUAUUUACUGUUUUUUAGUAAACCUAAGCAUGAUCGAAAAAAAAGCUACAAUUUAGCUAUUAAAAAAAACAAACGAAGCAAAAACAGAACCAAACACGACUCACACACGUUUAGCACACGGCUCUAGGGGAUAGAAUUUCAAGUUGAAAAAUAAAAACAAAGAAACCAACGACCUAGUAGGUCACACUAAUUCGGAACAGGGUGAAUUUUCUUGCAUGACAAAAAUUGGUAGCCUCGUUUAUCUCGUUAAAAAAAUCCGAUAGAAAAAAAAAGUUAGUAAGAAAUGCCUUUGGAAAAAAAAAGUGGAGAUUUGAAAUUCGAAAUGUUCGGCAAUGGAGCAGCGAAUCGGAAGCAUUUUUGUGCUUCGAAGCUGCAAUUUGAAAGAUGGUAGCAGCCCGUAGAUAUAUAGCAUCAUAUGUGAUUCGAUCUGAGUGUGGGAAUGUUUGGUAAGCGCACUAUAUUUUGAGAAAGGUUGGAGGGAAAAAGGAUUAGAAAAAUAGGAAAACGAUAUCAGUUAUGGCAGCAUAAUUUAAUGAUGGAUAUGACAAAAACAGGUAUACUCGUACUUUAAAAAUAAACUACUUAUGAAGAUAG